AUGGCGAAGGAGAUCGAAGGGCAAGACUCGAAACCGUCGGAACCAUCCGCUGGUAAUCAAUCCGACGAGGCUCAGCCAGUCUCACAGUCACCACCGCCCGAACUACCCCCAAAGACAGCCCUCCAGAGUUAUCCAUCGAUCAUCACCACGACGAACCAUCCGACCCAAUCAAAUAAAACCCUGAUCAGGUUCUUAUUCUCGCUCUCCAACCUCAUCUUCUUCGGUGGAACGCUCGCUGGCCUGAUCGUUUGGCUCUAUCAAAAGUACAUCUUUCCGAAGCUGAAGAUCCGGACAGAAAUCUUGGUAUCCUUGAGGCGCUCAACUCUCAAAUCGUACGACAAACUGCAAGAAAGCUUGAAGAGCUUAGUGCAAUCGAACCCCAAACUGUACAACUCCGCCGUCGCAAUACUCUCUGGCAAAAACAGGCAAAUCUUUCCUACCUCCAGCGGUACACAGACCGGGGAUGAACUGGAAGAAGCAGGAAAAUCUAGUAAUCAGAUCGAACCUUCUGAAGCCUCGACUACAGCGGAUGAUAAAAUCCAGGUUCCAAAGAACAUUCAGUUCGAUUCCACCGUCACUAUUAUCCCCUCGUCAUCAUCACCAUCACCGUCAUCAUCUAUCCUCGAUGAGAAUGAACAUCAAAAUGAGAUCAAUGAAGAUCAGAGACAAUCAGCAACUCGAGAAGAAUUCAACCAGCCUAUUAUUGACUACCUGGGAAAGAUCGCCAAGGGCCUCCGCAAGAGAUCAGAGAAUCGUGGACGAAUCCAGACCGAAGAAUCGGAUGAUGGGCAGAGAAAUGAAUCAAGUGCAGGGAUGCAGUUGAGUCUGGAAGGGAUGGAGAGUCUGAAGACGAGUCUGAAAGCGAUGAGCGGCGAGCUGGCCGAUGAAACCCAGUUGACCACGAGGAUCCACCAGAAAAUCUCGGCCUCUUCCCACCCCCAUCGGGCCUUUGGGCUCAACUAUUGGGCCACAUCCUUCAACGCCGCCCGCUACCCUGAUGCUCCGCCCAUCAAGAACGUCGACGAAGACCCCUACUUCAUAGCCCUCAUGGAAUUCAAAAAUCAGAUCAGGGCCCUCAAGGGCGUCCUCCUCAACCGUAAAAAAUUCUACUAA